AGUAAAUAAAUUUUUUUUUUUUCGUAAUCAUUAAUGUUUGUCCUCAAAUUGGAUAAUUUUGAAGUACAACUAAAUACUUACUUACAAGUUUAAGUAUUGAAGUAUUUGUACAUGGAACGCAAUUUUGUACUAUAUACUUUAAAAAUGUUCCUAAGAAUCAUCGAAGUUUCGCUUCUACAAGAUUUUUCGGAUAAAAAAUCAACAUGUCAGAUAACACUGUAUUAUUUUUCAAUUCUAACAAUUCUACACUUUUUAAUUAUUUAAAAAUAUAUUUAUAAAGUGAUUAAGUUUCCUACAUGGAUAUUUAUGUAAAACAUAAGUUACAUGUUUAUCUUUCCUUACAAUUAUAAUUCGAAGUGUAUCAUUGGAUGUAUCUAAUCCAAUAGUAGACAGGAAAAAAAUUAAUUUAUUGCAAGAAAUGUUAACUGCAUUAUAUAACAGAUAUUUAAUAUUUAAAAAUGUUGUAUAUUCAUAUAAUGGAAGGAUAACAGCAAUUUGUUGAGUUUUAUUUCUUCUCUUUUUUGAUUCAUGGAGAAUAUUUGAUGUAUAUAUUUGUCAUAUAUGUUUUAUUAGAACAAUGACAAAAAUAAAUACAUGUGAAAUUUUUAAUGAAAUUGACAAAAAAUAUUAUACACUUUACAUAGAAUGGUUUAAUUCAUAUUUUAAAGUAACACUGUUAGAACCAACAAUGCUACCAUUAAAUGAUGGAUACCAAAGAAAUACAAUUUUUUUGUGAACAAUUAUCCAAAUCAUUUGAAGAAUAUUUCUUAGAGACUAAGAAAAUAUUUUCUGGGAAAAAUGAAGACAUUCAGUUUCUUAUUGAAGACACAAUUCUAAAAUGGAAAAAUAAUACAUGGACUCUUGGAAGAAUUAAUUUAAACCCUGUUUCAGAUGUUAAAAUUAUUUCAGAAAGUUUUCAACAAUCUUUAAAAUUUUAUCAAGGUGUUCAAGAAGAGUUAAAUAUAUUGAAAGAAGAAAAUAAAAGUUUGGUACACAUAAAUAUAAAGUUAAAAUCAGAUUUAGAUAAAAUGAUAGAAGUCAAAACUGGCAUGGAACAGGACAUGUUUAAAAAAUUCAGUCUUAUUUUAAAUUCUAAAAAGAGGAAAUUAUGGGAAAUACAUAAUAUUCUUAAAAAGAAGGAAGAUACUAAAGCAUCAGCUUUUCAUGUAUCCACAGAUGAAAGUGAGGAGUCGGAUGAAGGAAAUUAUAGAAAAAGCAAGAUAAAAAAGAUUAGUAAUGAUAAUUCUGUACAUAUACAAAAAAUUGCAAUUGAUGAAGAGAUUAGUCAGAAACCAUCUACUAGUAGAGAUUGCAUGAAAAAGAAUACGAAAGUUAAAAAAAAUGAUACAGAACAAAAAGAUGAAAUGCAAAGAGAAAAAAAUUGUAUUCCUGAAGCUAGAAAGUCAAGAAGCAGUUUGAAUUUUAUAGAAGAAUCAGAAGAUGAAUUAUUUUCUUAAAAAAUUUUUAAUAUAUAGAUCAUACAAUUUUAGCAACUGAAAAUUGCUACAAAUUUUUUAAUAUAUAAAUCAUAUAAUUAGCAACUUGAAAUUGCUACAAAUUUUUUAUAUGGAUAAAUAAUUUAAUUAUUGCUUACUAAAAUUAUUUUUUAAAUCAAUGAAUUGUACAUAAAAUACUUCAUGCAAUAUGUUUUACUAUAUAAAUGAAUAAUUUUUGAACCAAAAAUACCGGUCAAGCUAUUUCAAUAACUUUUGCAAAUUUUGUAUAAUGCAGUAUUGUACAUGUAAUUCCUUGUGCAAUAGUGUAUUGUACAUGUAGUUCUUUGUUCACAUAAUUUCAGCAAUAGAUGAAUAUUUUAUUAAAUAAAAUAACUUUAUUUUUCAAAAAUUUAUAUCAUUCUGUGUGUUUUUCGCAAUAAAAUUCAUAAACAAAUAUGUAAACAUUUCUGAAAUAACUUGAAAGUUUUACCUAAUAUUUUCAAUUGUUGGUUCAAAUUAAGAUUCAAUCAAUUGUACAUACAGAUGAUUUUUAUGUAAAUUGUUUUUAUUCUAUAAU